UAUCUAGCUUGAAUUAGUCGUACCAGCUAGCAUACAAACAAGUUGCUUAGGUUGUUGUUCAAGAUUUGUUAAUGAAAGAACCAGAAGGAUUAGGUCUACUUUUCUUCCAGUACUUAUAAAGUCUUUUGGCUUAGAUUGAUCCCACAAUCGACCCAUGUCGGAAGAGUCAAAUAUAGUCAAAGUUUCUCUUGCCAUUCCAGAGAGUUAUGGUGAUCCAAAGUCCAAACUCCAAAAGGAAUUUUUCUAAACAAGAGAAGAAAGUUUUAGAAGUUGGGAAGGAACAGCUAGUUGUGCAUAACAAGAUCUAAAUAUGUUGUCCUAAUAUGUUUCAUUGAAGUUUGUGUAAUACAUAUGACUCUUGAUACUGUCUUCCAAAUAUUCUCCAAAUCAACUGUUUUUGUCAAAUGCUGUGGUUAAUUUACAUUCAUUAUAAUGUGAUUUUCUCUGGACAAACAAUGGAUUUCGAAUUGGCAGCCAAUUUAAAUUCAAGCGUCUUCAUGGAUAUUUUUUAUGUUUUCUGGUAUGCUUCAGUAUGAACAAGACUAUUGAACGUUAUCAAAAGAGAGAGGACAUCGGAAAGGCCAAAGGGGUGCGUGAAAAUAUGCAGAAUGCAGUGGAGGAUGUUGACGACUUGGCGAAGAAGAUUGAGUUUCUUGAAGAUUCUAGACGAAAACUCUUAGGAGAUGGAUUAGGGUCAUGUUCUUUUGAUGAGUUGCAACACUUGGAAAACCAGCUAGACCGAAGCUUGACCAGAAUUAGAGAAAGAAAGACUCAGUUGCAGUUGGAGCAGAUUGAGAAGCUAAAGGAAGAGGAGAGACUCCUGGUGGAAGAUAAUGCAAAACUGCGAGAGAAGUGUUGCAUGCAACAACCCAAGCAAAUAGAUAACAUGGAGUUGGAGUUGGAAGUGGAGACUGAACUGUUUAUAGGACUGCCUGAGAGACACAAACGAAAACGAAGUAAUACCCAAAAUCCUUAACGUACCAAUUUACAAAACAACUUCAAGAUUUACCAGAGUAAGGGUCAAUUUGCUCGUGAAAAUAAAAUUGUCAAUAUAUGCACAGAUGGUUACAAAAAGGGGUAUGGAUCACUGUUUGGUGCAAGGACAAAUUUGAAGAAUGGUAUAUUGUUUUCAAAUCAUUUGUCACUUUCUAAUCGAAAAUGUUGGGUCCAUUAAUAAGAAGGGAAUGCCUUUUUUUAUAAAUUGCGUUCAGGAUU